AUGCCUCCUCGCGCCCAGAGCCCAGACUAUCCCGGGCUCGUGAACAAGCCCAAUGCGCCGUCCCCAUCCUCGAAGUCUUCCUCGUCCCCUUCUCCUCCCCCGCCGCCCUCGUCAGCCCCCGCCCCCAAUCACGACAUGAGCAACUACUUCAGCACGCACCCGCCGAACCUCGAAACGAACGGCUUCCUCAUCUUCCCGCGCGCAUGGAGCGGCAUCGAGACGGGCUCGCAGGUGGCGCUCCACCUGGCUGGCGAGCCGUUGCCUAUCUGGUCGGCGUGGAACUGGGGCGCGCGCGAGCGCGAGUUUGCGGCCCUCGCCGCGUCUUGUUACUGGAAGCGCGCGCCGCCCACCCCGCCGCGCGCGGACGCGUACUACCUCCCGUGGCUUGACCGUUCUGUGCGCCGCGACCGCCUGCCCAUCAUCGCGCGCGAGAGUUACCGCCGGUACGGGCAGACCAAGGCGCAGCAGCGCGAGAAGGCCGCGCUCCAGUGGGUAUACGGGCGCGCGGUCAGCUGGGGCGAGUAUGCGACCGUCACGGAGUGCUGCAAGCCCCUGUACGACUACGUCGUGCAGCGCGCCCACGCCAUCGCGAUGGUCGCGCUGCUGCUCACUGCGCGCGGGGCGUCCGUCGGCGGCCACGACCUCGGCGCCAUGAUGCGCGGGUGGGACGACGCGGCGCGGCGCAAGGCAGAGGCGGACGAGGCACGGGCGUGGGUUCACAAUGCGCGCCGCUACACCAACGACGGGGACGACAGAGAUGUGGACGACGACAAGGACAGUGGCGCCGCCAACAACCACACCAAGCAGCACCAUGCCGAGGGAAGCGACCGCCGCAAGCACCACUCGCGCGCUGCUGCCGAGCCAGCACCCAAGAAGCGCAGGAUUGUCUAG